GGCAGCCUCAGAAGGGUUUCUACGACGGCUCCCAGGGUCAAGAACGCUAACUGAUGGCGGAGCACCGUUGGUCGUGCUAAUUUGUCUUGUUAGAUAUCAAGUCAGGGUUGACCGCGCAGUACGACGUCUAUUUUGGACUUGGCAAGCACAGCUUCUGGGAGUUUGUUCGCAGCGUGCGUACAACACUCGAAGUAGGUCUUGGAGACUUGGAACAUUCCUGUGUCCCGGUCCCCAGCGUGUCUCAGCAAACGCCUCUACCUCUCAAGUCACACUAGGAGGUGUGGCUGUUACUACCUCAUGGGGUACACUCACGUCAACGAUGAGAGGUGGACUCAGGACGCAGCAGGAAGGCAGCACGGUAGACCAUAGUAUUGCACCCCACAAACGUAUUGAAACUGGUCAUCGCUUGAUCCUGGCAAGGUCAGCAGGGCCUAAAGCCAGGAAAGAUGCGACGAGUCUUGGUUGUCCUGAUCGCCGCAAUGCGUCUCUAAGCGUGAAGAUGGAGAAUGCAUCGUCAGAGCAAUCCUCCUUGUGUGGUUCAGAUAUCAUGUCCAUGGCUGACUUAUCCGAAGAACCUUCCUCGGUGAGGAUGACUCCAUGGUUCUCGACAAGGGAGGAGGUCGAGGCCGUCACCCGUGAAGGCCUGGAAUGCCUCAGGCAGGCUCUAGUGCUAUUUCAGAGGCCGAGAGGCAAUGUUAAUAGUGGGCAGGGCUUGUCGGAUUGGGAUGAGGGGGACGACUCGGAUAAUGAAGACUAUCGCCCCCAUGGGAAGGGAAGAGGAAACGACCUCCGCAUAGCGUGGACGGUCAAGGACCACCAAGAGAUAUGGACGGGCAGAGCAUGCGGUAAAUGGUGGACACAGCACGGAACAGUGCAGGCCAUUCACUCGCUGUUAAGGCUAUCGUCUUCCCUCUUAGCAUCGCGCCGUUAUACACUACGACCACGACGAGCACACAGAUACUACGCGGUUGUUCGAAUCUCGCACGCCACGACUUUGCUCGUCGCAAUGGCGAGGCUGAUCCGAUCACCACCCAGCCGAAGUUGUUGUCACUAGUUCGAUCAUUAGCACCAAACAGUCAGUAGAAAAGGUUAUGAAGACAAUGCGCUUAGCAGAGGUAGCAAGAAACGUGGCUCAAGAGCAAGGAAACAACAGGAACAAUUGGCAUCCUACUAUACCAUCGAGACCAAGUGUUUACACAUAUAGUCGCGUUACGCGAGCUCAAGC